CUGGCCGAAAUGGCGGCGGCCCUGACGCGAGAGGGCGGAGAGGAUGCUUUCCGCCGGCUUUUUCGCUUCUACCGGCAACGUGAUGUAUCAGACUUGCGGGGUGUAGUGGACUUUUCCGUGCCGGGGGCUCAGGUGUUCAGAUCACAGCUCAGUAUUUCCUCAGUCAGUGAUCAAGAUGCUUACAGAGCAGGAUUACAGCCAGUUAGCCAGUGGAAAGCCUAUGGCCUCAAUGGGUAUCCGGGGUUUAUCUUCAUACCAAACCCUUUCCUUCCGGGCUGCCAGCGUCACUGGGUGAAACAGUGUCUCAAGCUAUACCCCCAGAAACCCAAUGUCUGCAACCUGGACCUACACAUGGCUCCUGAGAAGACCAUUGACCUGUGGGGACAGAGCAAGGAGCAAUUGAGAAGGAAAGGUUCCAGUAAACGGGAGCCCAGAAGCUUAUUGGAGAAGCUGCGCUGGGUCACCCUUGGUUACCAUUAUAAUUGGGAUACUAAGAAGUACUCAGCAAAUCACCACACUCCUUUCCCCUCAGACCUUGCAUUCCUGUCAGAACAAGUGGCUUCAGCCUGUGGAUUCCGGGGUUUCCAAGCCCAAGCAGGGAUCUUGAACUACUAUCAUUUUGACUCUUCACUGGGAAUUCAUGUAGAUGAGUCUGAACUAGACCAUUCUCGGCCUCUUUUAUCAUUCAGUUUUGGGCAGUCCUCGAUAUUUUUGCUUGGGGGCCUGAAGCGGGAUGAGGCCCCAACAGCAAUGUUCAUGCACAGUGGAGAUAUUAUGGUGAUGUCUGGCUUCAGCCGUCUGCUGCACCAUGCUGUCCCCCGGGUCCUCCCCAACCCUGAAGGGACAGCUUUGCCUUCAUGCCUGGACCAAGCAGUUUCUUCAGACCUUCCUGUUGACUCAGUCAUUGAGCACAGCUCCGAUGAGGAUUGGCAGGUCUGCGCCAAGUACUUGCAGUCUUCCCGCAUUAAUAUGACUAUUCGGCAGGUGUUGGCUGAGGGUCAGAAAUUUCCAGAGGAAUCUGGGACAAAUGGAAAGGGCCAAGCACCCUCAGAGUACAGUCACCAGCAGGAGAACAGCAGAACCAAGAGACAUAAACCAAAUGCAGACAGCUGAGACUGGGAGAUCCUGCUGACAUGGAUUGGAUAGGCAGCCUCCAUGCGGAAUUGGGAACUAAUGCCAUCAUACUAGAAGUCACUUGUCUGUAUUGGGAUUAAUAAACUUCUGCAAAAUAAAUGUAGUCCUUGCUGUAGGAAAUAUGUCGGGGGAGAAAAAGAAUUUAAAAGGAAAAGAAGGCUAAGUUCAUGACUGGGACUUAAGGGAUGAACUGUUGUUGUUUUGUUGCAGACUUUUACUGUACUUGGUUCCCUUUACAAUACCUGUAUGUCAGAGAAUUUUAAGCUUGGUUCAGUGAUGCUCAAAGUAUUCUGAAAUCAUUGGCCAGAAAGUGGUAGCAAGAGAGACAUAAUUGCUGUGUGUUAAAAAAUCCUGUUGGGGUUGUAAAGCUCAGCUGAAGUGUGGUAACAAGUAUGAGUGAGAAUAGGCUGCUAUGGGUGUAAGACUUACCUGCAGCGUUUCCAAGAGAAUUGCCUCUGCAGCAAAAAUUGGUUCAUCGAGCAGAAACUAGCAGCUCCCUUGAGCAACACCUGCUGUAAGCUUGCUAUAGUCCUGUGCUCUCCUUUUGCCUGCUUGCACCCCCUCAGCUGCAGCAGAAACUGCUCUUAUGAGUAGAACUGGAAGUCUUUUUGCAUACCUCUGAUUUUAGAGAGAAACAAUUGGGGGCAAUAUCUACUUAGAAUAUCUAGUAGCUUGCAGCUGGGUCUCCUCCCAACAGUAAGUAUGUGACUGAGCCCUACAUCCUCAUUCUUUCAAAACUGCCCCCUCUUAAGUGCCUGCAGAUUAUGGUCCUCAGUCCCAAGCAAGGAAAAGAAUGACUUGCAAGUAGAAGCAAUGAAGUUGUAAAUUAAGUACCUAAAAAAUUAAUCAGUGAUUAUCUCUGUCACCCAAAGAUAAAUAUAUUGAAACAAAGAAAAGCACUAGGUUUUGUGCCAGUUUUCUUUAAGACUCAGACCUUCCUAUCUGCUUUUUAAUGCAAUUUUAAUUGUUGGAGUGGAAUGCACUAUCCCUGGGGUAUUUUGUUGCACUUUCCCAAUGAAUAAACUUACUUGGUUUUUAAAUUAAAGAUCUCUAUCAGGUUUGGGCUAGCUUUUUUCUUCUUUUCUUUUUCUCCCUGUUAUUUCAGUGUAUUGUUAAUGCUGCCGCAUCCCUUGUGCUGUUCCCUCCAGGCUUUUUUUGGACCUACUGCCUCUGCCAUCUGCCAGCUCCGGUGGAGGAGCCUGUAUAUGUCUGCAGGGCUGCUUUGCUUAGGGGCAGUUCAGGGUUUGUUGGGCAGUUCCAGAGAGGUGUUGCCUGCAGUAUCAAAGUCCAAUUUAAAAUGUAUGUGGCAGCUUUUCCUCAUGGGGAAAGUGUCUGGUCUGCUUAUUUCAUAGCAGGUGAAUGUGUGUAUGUGUGCAAUCAAUUCCUUACACAAUACUGGAAAGAGCUCCAGUAAUUUAAUGUCUAAAAUAAUCAGAUGUGGAUUUCAGUAUCUUAUUCUAUGCCAGAAAUGUGUCCUUUCUGUAACCUAAGCCUGGUGUAUUUAGACCUGACCCCUGGGAGAGUGAAUGCUAUUAUGCAGAGAGGCUAUAACAUGACCAGAAAGGAAAGUUGCCUGAGUAAGUCUCAGAAAACAGCAAAGCUCCUUUAGCAGCACCUGAAGGGGGGGAAGGGUAGAGGAAUAGUUGUUUUCUUCCCUGUGAGAAGGCAGACUGUCUGUUCCUCACUCUUGAGAGGGAAGUGAAAAUCUGCCAACUCACCACUGCAGAGAAGACAGUCAUGGAACUAGAUGGUCAUUAACUGGAGCUGGUUUCUUCAUGCCACAGGCUGAGGUUUCAGUCCCUGGUUCUCAUUUCUUAUAUCUUCAGUUCCCUACAAAUAAAUGACAAGCAACCAUUUAUUCCAGGAUUCAAUUAUCCCUGCGAUUCAAGGACAAGAAACCAUACUGUUCAUCCUCUGCGGUUUGAAACUGUAAAUGCUGCAAACUACCAACAGCAGCUGGUCAUGGGAACUAUCCUGAAGCUUUAUGUUUAGAUGUGACUGAGUUGAGAAUUUGCCGAGUUACUGCCUUGCAGUCAAGCUUGUUACCUAAUGCCAGUGUGAGUGAGAGGCAGCUCUGAUCUAAUUCUGUAUCAGGCACCCAGAAAGUGAAGAGUCCGUGGCCCAGAAAUAGGCAUAUGGGAAAUAACCUGGGGGUGGGGACAGUCAUCUGUGUACAAAGAGAAACAACUCUAAGAAGGGGGAAUUUCCUGAACCGCCAGCCUAGCAGGAGCAGUGCUUCUGUGACCACAGGAGACUGGAGUACAAAUGAGCAAACCACAGGACUUCUGUGGGCUCUGAAAAUGUGCUUCCAGAACAUGAUUUCAAAGAGGCAGCGCCAGCCCUGGGAAGAAGGUGGGGAAUAGGGCUGCAUCCAGUGAUACACACAGCUAAUUUUCCUUCUAGGACAGAAUGAUUGGGAACCACUGACCUACUCUACACAGCUGUCAGGCUGUGACACUGCAUCUCAUUUGGUUAGGUUUGUGGUGACACAACAGGAUUUUUCAUAGCACUGAUCAAAUUUUUGUAUCUAUAGGUACCACAAAUAUUUGCUUGUGUUCAUAUAGGUGCAUGGUGAGAUAAUUCCUCUAAAGGAGAAGUACUGCCCAAGGGCCACAAGCACAAAAUUGCAUCAAGGGCAUAGGUGGCAGUCUUCUGGGAUGUCCUGCUGUGCACAGCUGAGGGGAGGGAAAGAAGAGGUUAUCUGGACCAAUUCUGCAAGAAAAUUAAUGUAAUGAGCUGAUUACAGGAAGAUAACCAUGUGUUAAAUUCAAGGCCACCUGGAAAUGAAGCAUGUUGUAUACCACAUGUACUCUGUCCAUUAUGUGAUCUAUAGAUAACGCUAACUGUCCAACAGAGUUUAAACAAUUACUGGUAUUUUUU